CGACGCCAAAUAGACGAACCCGGUGAAGAUUGCAUAGAAAAUAACAUCUAUUACGUCACGUUGAACACCAAAACCAAGACAUUGGGGGCUUGAGAAGCUAGAACUUAGAAGAGCUUGGGUAUUACAUGCUCUUACGAAACCUGGUCAUACCUUAGUAGGAGGAAAGCAUGUAAGGCAUGCAGAACAUGCACGCUAGAAUCAUCGGAUUAUGGAUUAUACCAUAUUCCUAUGUUUUCGUCAUCAGUGCCGUAACUUGACGUUAUAAGAGAAGCUUUUCUUCAAUGUCGUUCCUAACUCUUUUAUUUUUUGGUUCCUGAUAUAUUUUAUUCUUCAACAACCUCAAAUACCGUUGUUUCAAACCUUACAUAUAUACAUAUACGUAUACACAAGGUCCCCAGAUACCCAAACCCUAUAGAAACACCUCUAACGUUAACGUAUCACACUAGACAUCAUGUCUCUUCACUACCUCCCUUCAGUGAAACCCUCGGCCAUCGCCCUAGGUACCGUCUUCAACCACGGCAUCGAGCUGGCAGUACUUGGCCCAGUAUUUGGACAGACCUACCAGCGCGCCAAGCAAUCCAACACCAAGGAGGAGUUCAUCCAAUCCAAGGAGGCUUCUUCAGCUGCCGUGGCAUGGGGUACUUCGCUCGUCGGCUCUGCCCUACAAUCCUAUGGCGUCGGUGCCCUGAUCAACGCCACCGGCACCCUCAGCUAUAGAGGUGCCGCCUACCUCGGCGCUUUGAUCUUCGCCGCCACCUCUGCUCCUACCUACCUCACCCAGCUCCUCUCCGAGAAGCGGCCCGUCGACACCGUCGCCGUGGGUGCCACCACCAAGAUCCUCGAGACGGUUGGUCUGUCGCUGUUCCUCACCUGGUGGGGAACCCGCACCAACCCGUUCGAUUAGGAGCUCGAAGGGCCUGUAUUUGUUAGCUUUCCUACUGGCUAGUUAGGAGGUAAUCAUGGCUCAUGACUACUACUUAGUUAUUCAUCCACAACUGCGUAACGGAAUCGCUGCGAGAAAGAACAGCAGCGCCACACACAACUUAACAUGCUAGAAAAAUUGGGAUGGGGUACGGAAAUCAGCUGUUUUGGCUGUGUAGUAUAAAUAAAUGAAUAAAUCUUUUUCAAAAUCAUUGCCUCGGAACGUUUUUGUGGUCGUGUCUGAUAAUCAAUAGUCAAGUCAGUUGAGAUCUUAUCGUUCCAACCAACCAAGAAAAAAAAAGGUCCUUGGCGAAACCUGUGGAAGUGGAAUCAAAAUCAAAAGCUUGCGGUUGAGAU